UUGCGAACUCAUCAGUUCUCGAACGGGCCGGGCCAAAAGUGUUCCGUCACUCGAUCAGCCCAGGCCACAAUGCCGCCGCCACCCGCCGCCGCAGCCUCGGCGGCGCUCCGCCGCGAGGACCUCCUCCGCAUCGCCUCCCCGCUCCGCUCCUCGCUCGCCUCGGCGCCCUACGCGCCCCCGGAGGGCUCCUCCACCUCCGUCAAAUCCCUCCUCGCCUCCCUCCUCCCUUCCCCCUCUCAACACCCCCCGGCGGUCGAGGCCGGCAAGGAGGCCGUGGACCUGCUCCUCUUCUGCGCCGCCGCCCGCGCGGCUUCCGCGGAGGCCCCCGCGCUGCACUGGGUCCCGGAGGGGCUCUCCAAGGCGGCGGCCGGCGCCAUGGAGGAGAUGGCCGCGGCUGGCGGCUGGGCCGAUGCCGGGGAGAUGUUGCUGGCGCUGAUGCCCGAGGCGGUGCCGCCGCUGAAGGCCGUGCUCAAGGAAACGGAUGUGGACGCUGAGGAUGACAUGAUUUGCGCCGACAGGCCGCCCAAGGAGCACGCCUUCGUCGCCGCGCACCAGUUCCGUUGGCUGUUGUCUCAGGUUAACUAUCCGAAGCUUGGGGAUCUUUGUUGGUUAGUCAUUCCUUGUGCUUUGACUGCAUUGGAUCAUUGGUCACCAGAUGUUAAGGAACAGGGAAUGGUUAGCUUCAUGCACAUAGCAAAGAAUGUCAAAGUAACAGAAUUAAGUUUGUACGAAGAUGCAAUACUCGAUGCGUGCUGCAAUAACAUUCCUGCAGAUGAUGAAUUAUGGUACCGCAUUGUUGAGGUAUCGGUCCUGCUGUUGACUUGCACCCAAAGAAGUAACCCGCGUAGCCCUUGGUACAGUAAAAUGCUUGCUGAGAUGUUGGGUCACCUGGAACGGCAACCACUAAACAAAGAACGUCGUGUUGCAUGGCUUAGCCUUAUCGGGCCAGUUUUUGAUGCUAUGGGCCUCUUUCUAUUGGCACAUUUUCGUCUCCUCUUCUCUCUCUUUUUCCAAUGGAUGCAUGCUGAUGAUGAUAGAACAGUUCUACUGGUUUUAGAGCGAACUCAUGCAGUUAUUAAGCUCACUUGGAUCAGACAGUCACCCUAUAUUUCAAGGUUGGUGGAUGAGCUUGUUCUUUUAUAUAAAGAGUCUGCCACACGAAAGAGCCGUGAGAUCAUGAGAAAUCACAUAGUAGGAAUACUUGUGCUACUCCAGAAAUGCAAGGGACAGCUAUUUGAGGAAGCUUGGAAAAAGCAUGAAGUUGACCCAGAUUUAACACUCCUGCGAUCCUGUUUGAAACAACUUUGCACCAAAGAUAGUUCGCCAGACUUAUGAGUUUAUCUGUUAGAUGUACAUAGUUGCAACUUGUAUCAACUUAGGGCUGUUACAUCUUAGUUGUUAGUUCUUGAAUUUGGAUGCAUUGUAUUUGCUCGUAUUUUUUUCCUUUAAGGUCAGCUGAUAGAGGAUUCAUGAAACCGUGGUAACACUGAUAGAUACACUGAACCGAGGCAACUUAUCAAGGCAAACCACUCUUAUCUUGUAA